AUAAUGAGUCGGGAGAGCGUGAAUUGCUUUCUUUCUUCUGGCCAUGGCAAGGUAUGGCCCCAGUACUAAAACGGCGAAGCUUUUUUUUUAUACCGUGGGAGCGCGAAGCCAUACCAUGGUGUGUUAUGUAGUGUGGUGGGUUUUAUGCUUGAAAGCUUCGGAUUUUGUGACGUCAUACGUCACACCUCAUCACCUUCUCCUUGCGGCGCAAUCAAAAGUUCAACUCAAAAGCUUGAAGCGAAAUUGAUAAUACGAAUACGAUAAUUUUUUUUUGCCAAUAAAAUAAACCAUAAGUCCGAGCUGUGGAUUUUGUACAAACAAAUUCGCAACUUUAAAUGUGUUUAACCAAGUGGCAGUGCAGACCAACAGGUAUUGAAGGGUCCACGGAGGCUGGGGAGUCGUAAGCGAGUGUUUGGUUUCCAAUAUUGGCAGUACACACCGCCAGCGUCAGCAAAAGUUAUCAGCUGCGAAGAAGACAAAAGAGUCGCACGUAGUAGGCUGCUCUGUUGCCAUGGCCAGUCCCAGGACGAGACGAGUGCUCCAAGAGCUGAAGCCCCAAGAUAAUAAUUCGAAAUGCUUCGAGUGCGGCACUCACAAUCCCCAGUGGGUGUCGGUCACCUACGGCAUUUGGAUAUGUCUGGAGUGCUCCGGAAAGCAUCGCAGCCUGGGCGUGCAUCUGUCGUUCGUGCGCUCCGUGACGAUGGACAAGUGGAAGGACAUUGAGCUGGAGAAGAUGAAGGCGGGUGGCAACCGCAAUGCACGCGAAUUCCUGGAGGAUCAGGAUGACUGGAGCGAACGAGCGCCCAUAACGCAGCGAUACAACUCCAAGGCUGCAGCCCUGUACCGGGACAAGAUUGCGACACUGGCCCAAGGCAAAAGCUGGAACCAAAAAGAGGCCGAGACGCGGCUGGGCAGCAACAACAGCCAGAGCAGCAAUAGCGGCAGUAGGAGCUCGCAGUCACAUGCCAGUGCAACAGGUUACGGCGGUUCCUCCGAUGGCUAUCAGAACGGAGGCGGCAGCUAUAGUGACGCCCCAGGCUAUCAGCAGUACCAGACACAGGAAUUUCGGGAUCAGAAAGAGGAGUUUUUCAGCAAACGCCAAGAAGAGAACGCUACGCGACCAGCGAACUUGCCACCGAAUCAGGGCGGAAAGUAUGCCGGAUUUGGGUUCACACGUGAGCCUCCGCCAAAAACGCAAUCUCAGGAGCUCAUCGACUCGACUCUCUCCACCCUGGCGUCGGGCUGGAGUUUGUUCUCCACGAACGCCACAAAGUUGGCCAGCACCGCCAAGGAGAAGGCCGUUACCACUGUCAAUUUGGCAUCAACUAAGAUGAAAGAAGGCACUUUGCUAGAAACCGUUCAGAGCGGUGUUACAGACGUGGCCUUCAAGGUCACAGACAUCGGCAAGAGAGGCUGGAAUAACUUGUCGGGCAGCAGCGUCUCGUCGCCGCAGAGCGGCUACAACGACCCCAACUUCGAGGACAACCCCUAUCAGCAGCGAUCCAACUCUGUGGGUGGGAACCUGGCCGGAGGCUUGGGCCAGCAGAGCGGCGUGAGCGACAGCGACUGGGGUGGCUGGCAGGAGAAUGCCAAUAACAAGACGCAUCUGACCAGCUCCAGCUCGUAUCAUACGCAGCUAAGCAGCAACAGUGGCAGCGCCACGGCUGGCCUAACGCACGACGCCGACUGGUCCGGCUUUGAGGCGUCCAACUACCAGAGCGCGGAGACCUCCUACCAGAAUGCCCCGUCGGGCGGGCAGAGUGCUCGCCGCAACAUGAAGCUGCAGGACACAUCGCAAAAGCUGAGCGAGGGCUUCGACAAUCUGGAUGUGAAAUCGAAACCGGCCGCUCCUGCGGCCGAAAAGGCAAGCGCCGAGGAUGAUGCCUGGAACUUGCUAAUGAAUUAGAUAGAGAGCUGCUGUCCCCCAUAACCGAUCCAUUUAGCCGAACCGCAAUGUAUUUUUCCGUUCUUUGUGUUCUUUUUUUUUGUUAUCCUGAUGUGAGGAAGAAGCUGUUGUGCGCGCAUUUAAUGUAAUUAACAGAAAUUCCCCCGAAAAAACACUUGUAUGCUCCAAUUUUAAAACAGAAAGUGCAACUAUUCUCGUUCAUUUCCACAGUUUAGACCAAUUUUAUAUAGACCUACAUAACGAAUUAUUUAGCUGAAAUAUAAGUGAAUCGUAAACAAACAACAUUCAGAAGUGGAGAGAUAAUACAUAUUAUGUUAUCAACUGUAA